CGCCCCACAUUUCCCGCGCCGACCGACCACGCCAUGGGUAAGCCCAAGCAGCAAGUGCUUUCCCGCUUCUUCUCCCCGAAGCCCGGGCCCGCGCCCGCCGCCGCCGACCCGCCGCCGCCACCUCCCCCUCCCCCUAACCCGAAACCCUCCGCGGCGCAUCCGCCCAUCUCCACCGUCGCCUCCUUCUCCCCAGCCAAGCGCGCGCGCGCCCUCUCCCUCUCCCCAAAACCCCCCGCCGCCAAACGGCCCAAUCCCACCCCUCCUCCUUCCCGUGACGCCGUCCGCCGCAGGCUCCUGGAGCCGCUCGACCCGCCGCCGCCUCGCUCCCUGAAACCUACUGCCCCCGGCGGCGGUGGCAAGGGCUACACCCCGCUGGAGCAGCAGGUGGUCGACCUCAAGGCCCGCCACCCCGACGUGCUCCUCAUGGUCGAGGUGGGCUACCGCUUCCGCUUCUUCGGCGAGGACGCUGCCGUCGCCGCCGCGGUGCUCGGCAUCGUCGCGCACCCGGACCGCAGCUUCCUCACCGCCAGCAUCCCCACCUUCCGCCUCGGCUUCCACGUCCGCCGCCUCGUCGCCGCGGGCCACAAGGUCGGGGUCGUGCGCCAGACUGAGACCGCCGCCAUCAAGGCCGCGGCCGGGGGCGCGGGAGGCGCCCCGUUUGCGCGGGGAUUGUCCGCGGUGUACACGCGCGCCACGAUAGAGGCCGCGGCAGGCGAGCUGGAGGGUGGCGGCGCCGCCACGCCCGAGGAGGGGAGCAGCUACCUCGUCUGCGUCGUGGAUAAGGAGGUGGAGGCGGCGGGGAGGGAGGGGCUUCAAGUGAAGGUUGGGAUGGUCGCGAUCGAGGUGUCCACGGGUGAGGUCAUCCACGGGGAGUUCCUGGACAGCGACUCCAGGAGCGGACUCGAAGCUGUGCUGCUUGGAUUGGCGCCUGUGGAGGUCAUCCUCGGGACACCACUCUCUUUUGCCACAGAUAAGAUUAUGAAGGCAUAUUUGGGACCCACCUCUAAUGUGCGGGUUGAGCGUGUAUCAUGUGAAUGUUUUGGCGAGGGUGGUGCUUUAGCUGAACUGAUAACUUUAUUUGAAAAGUCUUUGGACAAUGCUUCUAGGGCUGAAGAUGAUAGAAAGCUGAUACAAACAAAUGAUGACAACAACAAUCUUCAUGGGAUUGAGGGUAUCAUGGCGAUGCCAGAGCUAGUUGUUCAAGCAUUAGCAUUAUCAGUUCGGUAUCUCAAAGGUUUCGGCAUGGAAAGGAUAAUAUGCUUUGGUUCUUCAUUCCGGCCAUUUUCUGCUGGUACAGAAUUUUCCUUAUCAGCAAACGCUCUUCAACAACUUGAGGUGUUCAGAAACAACUCAGAUGGUGCAACAGAAGGGUCUCUGUUCCAAACUAUGAACAAUACAUGCACAUCUUUUGGGUCUAGACUGUUUAGAAACUGGUUAACGCAUCCCUUAUGCGAUAGACAUCUGAUUUGUGCUCGUCAUGAUGCGGUAUCUGAGAUUUUUGAAUCAAUGGGAUCACAGCAUUCAGUUAACAAUCUUCAGGAUGGAGGGGAUAGAUCCUGCACAGCUUCAGCACGUAGUGAUUUGUGUACUGUCCUUUCGUCAGUUUUGGCAUUGCUUGGAAGAUCACUUGACAUUCAAAGAGGAAUAACAAGGGUUUUUCAUUGCAAAGCCACAGCUAAAGAGUUUGUUGGUGUUAUCCAGUCUAUCCUCACAGUUGGGAAGCAGCUGCAGAAGCUUGUUCUUGAAGAUAUUGGCACUGUCUCUUCUCAGCAUAAACCUGUGCACUCCUCUUUACUGAGAAGGCUAAUAAGUACAGCUUCGUCACCCACUGUACUUAAUAGUGCUGUGAAACUUCUGUCUUGUCUUAACAAAGAUGCAGCUGAUCAAGGAGAUAUGCUGAACCUAUUCAUUGCAUCUGUGGAUCAGUUCCCAGAGGUUACAGAAGGUCAUGUAAAUGUAAAAAUGGCUGAUCAUAAACUUGAUUUAUUGAUCGUGGAGUACCGAAAGCAACUUGGUAUGCGCAACUUGGAGUUUAAAACCGUAGCUGGAACCACCCAUUUGAUCGAACUACCAGUAGAUAGAAGGGUACCAUCAAAUUGGAUAAAGAUAAAUAGCACAAAAAAGGCCAUCAGAUACCAUACCCCUGAAAUACUGAAGAACCUAGACAAUCUAUUACUGGCUAAGGAGGAGCUAGCUGUUAUAUGCAGGUCUAUGUGGCAUAAAUUCCUCACAGAUUUUGGCGAGUACUAUGCACAGUUUCAAGCAGUUGUUGAAUCUCUUGCAGCUCUGGACUGCCUCUACUCAUUUGCAGUUCUUGCAAAGCAGAAUAAUUAUAUACGGCCUAUUUUUGUCCAUGAUAAUGAACCAAGUCAGAUUCACAUCAAAGAUGGACGCCAUCCGGUUCUGGAGUCUUUGCUGGGAAACAAUUUUGUUCCAAAUGACACAGAGCUUCACACAGAUGGUGAGUACUGCCAGAUUGUCACAGGACCAAACAUGGGAGGAAAGAGUUGCUACAUUCGCCAAGUUGCACUAAUUACCAUGAUGGCCCAGGUUGGUUCCUUUGUACCAGCUUCAUCAGCUAUGUUGCAUGUUGUUGAUGGAAUUUAUACCCGAAUGGGUGCAUCUGACAGUAUUCAACAAGGAACAAGUACCUUCCAUGAAGAGAUGAAUGAAGCUUCAAACAUAUUGCGUAACUGCUCAGCUCGAUCCCUAGUUAUCAUUGAUGAGCUUGGUCGAGGCACAAGCACACACGAUGGCGUUGCUAUUGCUUACGCUACUUUACACUAUCUUCUCAAAGAGAAAAAAUGCAUUGUCAUUUUUGUCACUCAUUAUCCAAAGAUCCUUGAUAUUCAGAGAGAAUUUGAAGGUUCUGUUGGGGCAUAUCAUGUUUCGUAUCUAGCCACAAUGAAGCUUUUGGAAGUUACUGAUAAACCGGUGGAAACUAGCCCAGAGGCAAAUAAUCUUGGAGAAAUUAUUUUCUUGUACAAACUUGUUGCUGGAGCUUCAGAUAGAAGCUUUGGUCUUAAUGUUGCCCUGCUUGCACAGCUUCCGUCUAGAUGUAUAAAGAGGGCAUCAGUCAUGGCAGCCAAACUACAAGAAGAGUUAAGUGCGCGUGAGGAAAAUAAGCUUCGGAGGACAACGGAUGCACCAACCGUGGACGGACCAUCUGAAAGUUCUGCAGAAGUUGGUUUGCUUUGUUCACAGCCUUACCAACAAUUGGCAGAAACAUGUCGCAAGAUACUACUGAACAUCACGUUGGCUCAAAGCAAUAAUGAUGUAGUGGACACACUUCCAUCUUUGAAGAAUGCACAGGAAAUUGCACGGAAGAUGAUAUAAGGCUCAAGGCUGUCAUAUGAAGCAGUGGCCCAUUUGACAAUUGACAUAUUCUUCAUCAGUGUGAAGGCAACUUAUCAGGUAGCAGGUACCUUCUUUCCUACAGAGGAUCCAGAAUGGUGGGAAGCAUUUUGCUGGAGCCGUUUCUGUAACCCAUGCUCUGCCAGGAUAGCGUGCUUAAGCAUUUUGGCUACAACUCAAAGCAGUGCUUGUGCGUAGUUGGGGUUCUGAUCUUUGCUGGCACCUUAGGGGGUGAUAGGCGAAGAACCUCGAGCCUGUACUGUAGCAGCCAUAAGCUUAACCUCUGGAUAUAUACUGUAUAUUCCGUUCCUGUAUUUAUCUAGAACUUGUUUCGGCGGUGAAAUGCAGAGAAAAGAUGCGUUUCCUUUUUUAUGUCUCA